AUGAAAGUAAAUGCAACUGAUAAAGAUGUAUCAAAUGAAUUUAAUCAAAUAACGUACACUCUUAGAACUAAUUAUGAAUUUUUUAAAAUUGAUAAUAAAACUGGUGAUGUCACAGCAUUAACAACAUUUGAUUAUGAGAAAAAAUCAUAUUAUUAUCUUAUCAUUGAGGCAUCAGAUAACUCACCAACACCUUCCUUUAAAAAUGGACUAUCAAAAAAUGUCAGCUACGAAAUUAAUAUUGUUGAUGAGAAUGAUAAUCCACCAAAGUUUGAAAAUUCAUCAUAUAAUUUUAAACUUCUUGAUAAUGCAACUAUUGGAAGUUGUCCAUUUGCCAUUAAAGCAUUUGAUAAAGAUGUUACUAGUAAAGUUAAAUACACAAUUAUAUCCAGGACAGAUGAUGAGCUAUUUAAAAUUGAUGAAACAACAGGAGCUAUUUGUCUUAAUAAAAAUCUAACAUAUGAUAUUGAUUUAAAUACAUUUAAUUUGGCUGCUGAUGCAUUUGAUGGUAAAUUCCAUGACAACACAACAAUUUCGAUAACCAUUGAAGAUGUUACAACAGAUUUGUCUGAAAAAAAAAAUGCGAUUGAACUAAAAAGGCAGAAAUUCAAGAAGCCUGUAUACGAAUUUUACGUUUUUGAAAAUACAACUGCUGGCAAUUGUAUUGUAAAAAUCAAUACCAAGUAUAGUAAAUAUUGGUACACUGUCAAUGACACUUCAACUUUUGCAAUUUUAAAUAAUAAUAGUAUUAUUUUUCAUCAAAAGUUUGAUUAUGAAAAGAAGACAGUAUAUUAUUUAAAUCUCACUGCAAAUGUUCAAGAAAAAAAGAAUGACACAAGGAUAAAACAAAUGACAACCAAAUUGAUAAUAAAUGUCAUUGAUGUAAAUGAUGAAUGGCCAAACCACAGUCAACAAGAAGAUAUAGUAAUUCAGGAAAAUAAUGCAAUUGGAGCUCACGUUAUGAAAGUAGAUGCAAUUGAUAAGGAUAUAUCAAAAGAAUUUAAUCAAAUAACGUAUACUCUUAGAAAUAAUCGUGAGAUUUUUAAAAUUAAUGAAAAAACUGGUAAUGUCACGGCAUUGAAAAGUUUCGAUUAUGAAGAAAAAAAAUAUUAUGUUCUUGAAAUUGUGGCAUCAGAUAAUUCGCCAACUGGUUCCUUUACAAAUGGACUAGCAAUUACUACCAGUUAUAUAAUUAACAUUGUUGAUGAAAAUGAUAAUCCACCAAAGUUUGAAAUAUCAUCAUAUAAUUUUAAAUUCCUUGAAAACACAACUGUUGGAAGCUGUCCAUUUGCCAUUAUGGCAUCUGAUAAAGAUGAAAAUAGUAAAAUUAAAUACACAGUUAUAUCCAGGACAGAUGAUGAGCUAUUUAAAGUUGAUGAAACAACAGGAGCUAUUUAUAUUAAUAACAAUAUACCAAUUCUUGAAAUUAUAGAAGAUGUAAAAAUAUUUAAAAAUCAGUCUGUUGGUAGUGUGGUUAUGAAAGUGCAUGCAACUGAUGCUGACAAAAGUAAUAAAAUAAAAUACAGAUUCGGCAAUAAUGAAACGAAAUUCUCAAUCAACGAGACAACUGGUGAAAUUAGAACAUUGGUUAAAUUGGACAAAGAGACACAGACAAAUUUCUCGCUUCUUGUCAUUGCAUCUGAUGAUUCACCAAGUGCAAUUACAAAUAAUGGUGAACCCAAUGAAGUAAAAAAAUAUUACAAUAUCGUGAUAGAUGAUGAAAAUUAUAAUUCACCAAAAUUCGAGAAUUCAUUAAAUCAAUAUGCCGUUCUUGAAGGCACAGCUGUUGGAAACUGUUCAAUUACUAUUCAAGCAACUGAUAAAGAUAAAAAUAGUCAAAUCAAAUACACAAUUAUAUCUAGGACAGAUGAUGAUCUAUUUAGAAUCAAUGAAUCAACAGGUGCUAUUUGUUUAAAUAAAAAUUUAACAGAUGAUAAUAUUUUAAAAACAUUCAAUUUAACUGUUGAUGGAUCUGAUGGUAAAUUUAAUGACAACACAAGAAUUUCAAUAACCAUUGAAGAUAUUAAUAACAAUAUACCAAUUCUUGAAAUUAUGGAAGAUGUAAAAAUAUUUAAAAAUCAGUCUGUUGGUAGUGUCGUGAUGAAAGUGCAUGCAACUGAUGCUGACAAAAGUAAUAAAAUAAAAUACAGAUUCGGCAAUAAUGAAACAAAAUUCUCAAUCAACGAAACAACUGGUGAAAUUAGAACAUUGGUUAAAUUGGACAAAGAGACACAGACAAAUUUCUCGCUUCUUGUCAUUGCAUCUGAUGAUUCACCAAGUGCAAUUACCGAUAAUGGUGAACCCAAUGAAGUAAAACAAUAUUACAAUAUCGUGAUAGAUGAUGAAAAUUAUAAUUCACCAACCUUUGAAAGUUCAUCUUAUAAUUUUAAAUUCCUUGAAAACACAACUGUUGGAAGUUGUGCAUUUGCCAUUAAAGCCUCUGAUAAAGAUAAAGAUAGUAAAAUUAACUAUACCAUUAUAUCCAGGACAGAUGAUAAUCUAUUUAGAAUCAAUGAAUCAACAGGUGAUAUUUGUCUCACUAAAAAUUUAACAGAUGAUAAUAUUUUAAAUGUAUUCAAUUUGACUGUUGAUGCAUUUGAUGGUAAAUUCCAUGACAACACAACAAUAUCAAUAACCAUUGAAGAUAUUAAUAACAAUAUACCAAUUCUUGAAAUUGUAGAUGAUGUAAAGAUAUUUAAAAAUCAGUCUGUUGGUAGUGUCGUGAUGAAAGUACAUGCAACUGAUGCUGAUAAAAGUAAUAAAAUAAAAUACAGAUUUGGUAACAACGAAACAAAGUUCUCAAUCAAUGAGACAACUGGUGAAAUUAGAACAUUGGUUCAAUUGGACAAAGAGACACAAACAAAUUUCUCACUUCUGGUUAUUGCAUCUGAUAAUUCAUCAAGUGCAAUUACAAAUAAUGGUGAACCCAAUGAAGUAAAACAAUAUUACAAUAUUGUGAUAGAUGAUGAAAAUUAUAAUGCACCAAAAUUCGAGAAUUCACUUAAUAAAUUUGUCAUUCUUGAAAACGCAACUAUUGGAAGUUGUCCAUUUACCGUUGAAGCAUUUGAUAAAGAUAAAAAUCGCCAAAUUAAAUACACAAUUAUAUCCAGGGCAGAUGAUGAUCUAUUUAGAAUUAAUGAAUCAACAGAUAUUAACAACAAUAUACCUGUUUUCAAAGAUGUUGAUGAAGUUAAAAUAUUUAAAAAUCAGUCUGUUGGUAGUGUCGUGAUGAAAGUACAUGCAACUGAUGCUGAUAAAAGUAAUAAAAUAAAAUACAGAUUUGGUAACAACGAAACAAAGUUCUCAAUCAAUGAGACAACUGGUGAAAUUAAAACCUUGGUUCAAUUGGACAAAGAGACACAAACAAAUUUCUCACUUCUGGUUAUUGCAUCUGAUGAUUCACCAAGUGCAAUUACAGUUGAUGGAAAGGCAAAUGAAGUAAAACAAUAUUACAAUAUUUUGAUAGACGAUGGAAAUUAUAAUUCACCAAAGUUUGAAAAUUCAUCAUAUAAUUUUAAAUUCCUUGAAAACACAACUGUUAAAAGUUGUCCAUUUGCCAUUAAGGCAUUUGAUCAAGAUGAAACAAGUCAAGUAAAAUACACAGUUAUAUCCAGGACAGAUGAUGAGCUAUUUAAAAUUGAUGAAACAACAGGUGAUAUUUGUCUGAAUAAAAAUAUAACAGAUGAUAAUAUUUUAAAAACAUUCAUUUUAACUGUUGAUGCCUUUGAUGGCAAAUUCCAUGACAACACAACAAUUUCAAUAACCAUUGAAGAUAUUAAUAACAAUGUACCUGUUUUCAAAGAUGUUGAUGAUGUAAAAAUAUUUAAAAAUCAAUCAGUUGGUAGUGUUGUAAUGACAGUACAUGCAACUGAUGCUGAUAAAAGUCCACAAAAUAAUGAAAUAGAAUACACACUUGGCAAUAAUGAAGCAAACUUUUCAAUUGACAAAAAAACUGGUGAAGUUAAAAUCUUGCCUUCAUUUGACAGAGAGCAACAAACAAAUUUCUCACUUCUUGUCAUUGCAUAUGAUAAUUCACCAAGUGCAAUUACAAAUGAUGGUAAACCAAAUGAAGUAAAACAAUAUUACAAUAUUUUCAUAGACGAUGAAGAUGAUACAGCAAAAAAUCCUAAAAGUUCAUUUGUUAACCCCGAUAUGUCUGAAAACAAAAAUGAAAAACAACGAGACUAUAACGCCUUCACCAAAAAUCAUGAUAAUGCACUAACGUUUGAAAAACCUGUGUAUCAUGUAACAAUUUAUAAAAAUGAAAAUAUUGGAUAUAGUCUAUUAACUGUCAAGGCUAAUCAUAAAUAUUCAAGCAGUAAAAUUACUUACAGUAUUAUCAGUGGUAAUGAGUAUAAGACAUUUAAAAUUGAUGAUUCAACUGGUCUUAUUUCCAUUGAUCAAGCACUUGAUCGUAUCUCUGUUGAUUCUUAUAAUUUGAUUAUUAAAGCAUCUGAUGGAAUUUAUGAUGAUAAAACAACAGUCUCAAUUGUCAUUAAGACUCCUAUAAUUACAUACAUUAUAAUAAUUAUAAUUAUUAUUUUACUUACACUACUCUUGGCUGUAAUUUUGUAUGCUCUUUAUCAAAAAUUCGGUCAAGCAUCUGGCAAGUAUAACAUUUUGAGUAGAAUGAAAAGAACAACAGGUAGAAAACCACUUGUUUAA